CUUCAAACGUGUUACUACAACGCCAAUUUGAUCGGUCACUGGGCAAGCAGUCUUCUCACCGGCAAAGAUGAAUACCAGACGUGCAGGAGCGCUGCUUCGAUGUAGUCAAUGCGCGCUCAGGACCGCCAUAAAAUCAUCCGCUCAUCCAAGACUGUUCACGACAUCUACGGUUCUUCAUAAGAAUGGCGCCGUUCCAUCCUUCACAGAAGUCUCCUCCCCCGAGCUUAAAGAUUUCCUCACAUACCUCCGCGAAGAGCUGUUCCUACCAUCGCAUCUCUCCGAUUCACAGCUGCAGCUCGUCCGAAAAUACAAGUACCGAAAACAACUCGAGACCGAAUCUACCAUUGCAACAAUUGAAGGUGAAGAUUUCAAGCUAAAGCCACUGAAGAUGCGAGCCCAACCAAGCCUGACACAGAGUGUGGGACAAGCCUUGAGCAUGAUGCGGGAGAAAAAAGAUUGGGAAAAUGUUCCUAGUUUACUUCAAGGCGCAGCUACGGCGAUGAAGUCUCACUCAACUCUGAGUGGUGAAAAAUGGACUUAUCUUUUAGAGCAGGUUCUAAGAAGGCUUGGAAAAGCUGGCCGUCAAAAUGUUGUACUGGAAUGCUUAAGGCGAGGUUCGGACACUGGCUUGACAAUGAGCACUCGGAACUUGGCUACGAGGGUCUUCACCUGUUUUGGAAGGAAAGCUUACGAUAAUGAUUUCAACGCGGCCGAUACCGAGAAAGCCCUUCUGUACGCGGAGCAGGCUGCUGCCUUGAUGGAGAAUCUUGAGCAUGCUGGUAGUACUUCACUCGCUGGAGAAGAGGACCCCCGGCUCUCCCCCGAAGUAAUUGGCACCCUGUUGCAACUUGCUGCAGUUCGAGCGUCCAAGCAUCUUCAAGGAAAGGAUGAAGAGGGAAAGGUUGCAAGCUACAGCGAGAAGCUCCUUAACACACCUACGGCAUUCACACCAUUACCCGAGACGGAGAAUGGACAGGAGCUUCACCCUUGGAUGUGGACCUAUGUCCCAAUUCUACACGGCAUGAAUCUUGCGCAGAGUCUUCAGCCAGGAACGAAAAACGCGGAGGAGUUGAGAUCAAAGGCUUAUGUGCUGAGUGAACAAGUAUCUGAAUGCAAGGCUCGAUUAGAGCAAUGGGACGCAUUCGAGAAGCUGAAGCCACCGAAAGAGAAUCUCAACAGAAGGCAGAAGAGGACGUCGAACGAGCCUCUUUAUGGUCUUGUUAUGUACGAUAAAUUGAUUGGCACAGGAUCGUCAUAGAGGAUGAGAGCUCUGUAGAUUUUGUACAGCAUGUAAUAACAUACAACGUAUCAAGGAAGUACUAUAUACUUCUCUAGAUGCUUCGGUAUCGCUCCGAUCAAGCUCUUCUCUGUCAACCACUUCUUGGAGAAUAAUCUGUCCGCGUAUCUAUAUGCUCCAUCACACAGGACGGUCACCACUGUGUGGCCUCUUCCCAGCUUUUCGGCAACCUCUUUUGCUGCAGCUACAUUCAAGCACGAGCUCGCACCAAGGUACAGUCCUUCCUCAUCUAAACAUCGAUAGACCAUCUCAAUACUCUUUUCAUCGCUUAUAUUUAUCGAUCCGUCUAGUAAGUCGAUAUCAGGUUGCAAAUUGUCUGUGACACGACCUUGGCCAAUUCCUUCUGUAAU